UCACAAAUAAUAAAUUAAAAAAAAAUCAAUUUUUUAAAACCAGUGUUCAUUCAUUCAUUCAUUGAUUCAUCUCUCACAUAAACAUUAACACUGGACCAUUUUUUUUUAUAAGCCACCACCCUCAACCACCGCUACUACCCUCUCUUCAUUCACAUUCAUAUUCAUAUUCCUUCAUUGUAUGUAGCAAAAUUUAGCAGCACCUUCGAUUCAACCCGUUGAGCAUUUUCCACCUCAUUCUUUGUUUCAGAAUGAUGGAUUGCACAAAAUGGUUAUGCCUUCUAUUUUGUGUACUUCUAUUGCUGAAGGCAGAAGCUUCUUAUGUUCCAAUCACUUUUGUCCAGAAUGCGGUCACAAAAGGAGCCGUUUGUUUGGAUGGGAGUGCACCAGCUUACCAUCUUGAUAGGGGAUUCGGAGAAGGGAUAAACAAUUGGUUAGUUCAGUUUGAGGGUGGGGGAUGGUGUAACAAUGUUACUACUUGCCUUGCUCGAAAGAACGGUCGUUUAGGUUCAUCUAAGAAAAUGGCUAAGCAAAUUGCCUUUUCAGGAAUUUUAAAUAACAGAAGAAUUUUUAAUCCAGAUUUCUAUAAUUGGAACAGAGUCAAGGUUAGGUACUGUGAUGGUUCUUCAUUUACUGGUGACAAGGAAGAAGUUAAUCCAACAACUCAAUUGCACUUCAGAGGGGCAAGGGUUUUUGCUACUGUCAUGCAGGAUUUACUUACAAAAGGAAUGAAAAAUGCUCAAAAUGCUAUCAUAUCUGGAUGUUCAGCUGGAGGAUUGACCUCGAUAUUGCAUUGUGAUCGCUUCCGAGCUCUAUUGCCAGCAGGAGCUAAAGUUAAAUGCCUUUCAGAUGCCGGUUACUUUAUUAACACACGGGAUGUCUCUGGAACACAACACAUUGAACAAUUCUUCAGUCAAAUUGUUGCAACACAUGGCUCUGCGAAGAAUUUGCCUCCGUCCUGCACUUCAAGACUUAGUCCAGGGCUGUGCUUCUUCCCACAGUAUUUGGUAUCCCAAAUCAAAACACCAAUCUUCUUUGUGAAUGCAGCAUAUGACUCAUGGCAGAUUAAGAACAUUCUGGCACCAGGAGUUGCUGAUCCUGAAGGCCAUUGGCAUAGCUGCAAACUUGAUAUAAAUAACUGUUCACCUGAUCAACUUGAAUUGAUGCAAGGGUUUAGGACACAGUUCCUAAGGGCACUGACUGUGUUAGGCAACUCUCCAUCCAAAGGAAUGUUCAUAGAUUCAUGCUAUGCCCAUUGCCAAACUGAAAUGCAGGAAACAUGGUUCAGAACUGACUCUCCCCUGUUGAACAAGACAACAAUUGCAAAGGCUGUAGCAGAUUGGUUCUUUGAACGAAAGUCUUUCCGGCAGAUCGAUUGUGCUUACCCUUGCAAUCCCAGCUGCCACAACCGUGUCUUCGAACCACAAGACCAACCAGAAAAAAAUGUCACCACCAAAGGAACUUCAGAUGCAUCAUCAAGAAAUCCAAAUCCAUGGUUCCCAAAGUUAUCAAACAAGGGAAAAUGGAUGGAGCUUUUGUGCAUCAAACAAUGGAUAAGUGGCCUUCUUCCAACCUUGCUUAUUCUGGCUAUUUUUCAAAAGCUGCUUUGAUGAUUAAUUAUGACUUAGCUGGACCGUCUCUCUGUCCACCAUAUUGUAAAUAAACGACUGACAAAAAACUUUAUAGUUGGAUACUACAAUAAUUAAUAGAAGUGGCUUAGUGCAUGGUGCAUAAAACCUGCUGCUGGAGCACUUGAUAGGCAGAAGCCAGAAUGUAUCUUGUUAGCCUGGAUAUUGAUACUACUAACUACUUGGUACUAAUAACAACCAUGGAAGGCUAUCUAUGCAACUUCCUCGCUGUGUCUUCUCUUUUAAUGCUAGGUGCACAUUGAAAACUUAGAGGCGUACAUCGAGAAGUCAUCAUCCGCCGUCGUUCAUUCGCGCCACCUUCCUCUUCCACGCCAUUCUCAACGCUGUCUUUCUCCUUCUCGGUGCUCAUUCACAACGCCCCAUUUCCCUUCGUCAACACUCAUCUUUGUCGCCGUCUUCCUCCUCCUCGUCGCUGUUCGUCCGCAUCAACAUCACCGUUCGUCCACUUGAAAAUUUACUUAAGAUACAAAUUGGAAUAUUAAAGAAGAAAACCGUGUUACAGAAAGACAAGAAACAUAAAAGGAGGAAAUAAUAACUAAUUAUAAAGUGGGUAGGAAGUUAGAAAAAGUUUCGUUUUUAAAAUUUAAAUUAAUCUUAAUUAUAAAUGUAUAUUCUAAAAAAUAAAAUAUAUUUUGAUAAAAAUAAUUAAAUAAUAUUAAAAGUUGACCAAAGACCGAAUUUUGUUGUACAAGUAGGAUCUUUCUUUACUAAGAACUUAUUUCUUUACUAAGAACUUAUCCCUUACAUAUAUAAAAGUGGUAGUGUAACUUUAUUUAAAAUGAACAUUUACAAUGAGAACAUGUGACAUUAGCAUUAUUCAGAUAUAGUUCUUGGGCUCUUGGCAAGCAAGCAAAGAUGAUUUUUCUUGUGCCUAGCAAGUCCUGGAAGUCCUUCAGAAUCUAUGUCUUCUCUCUUCAUCCCUUGAGGCAUUUCCCAAUCAAAUGAAUUAAGGAGGUUCGCCGUUAUAAGCUCUACGGAUGCAGAUCCCAGCGGUAUCCCUGGGCAGAUUCUUCGUCCGGCACCAAAUGGAAUCAGCUCGAAAUCUUGUCCAGUGAAAUUGAUAUUGCUGUCUAUGAAUCUCUCGGGAUCAAAUACUUCUGGAUCCUUCCAAGUUUCAGGGUCUCUAUGGAUGGCAAACACAUUUACGUAUACUAUAGUCUUGGCUUCAAUUUCAUACCCUGCUAUUCUGCUCUUUUUGUUGAAUUCUCUUGGUACCAACGGUGCGGGUGCAUAAUAUCUUAAUGUUUCUUUGAUCACUGCUUUCAGAUAAACAAGCUUUUCAAUAUCUUCAUCUUCUAUGAAUGGUUUCUUGCCGUACAAACUUCGAAUUUCUUCUUGAGCUUUCUUCAUCACUCUUGGAUUCUUCAUCAAUGCUGUCAUUAUCCAAGUUGUUGUGGCUGCAGUUGUAUCUGAUGCUGCUACAAGCAUGUUCUGCAAUUAUCAUUGAAUGCCAAUUAAUUGCAUUAUUACAAAAAUGCUAUUCGUACACUAAAAUCAGUCACCAAUGUAUUUGUAUAUAAAAUAUGUAUGGUUUAAUUUUUUUUAA